AUGUCGAGGUACCGGCCGGUACGUCCAAGUACGCCCGUCGAGCCUGCGUCUCCCGCUGCAGGCCGCUGCAAGGCACCGUGCAGGUACGAAACGGCCUGGGGCGAGUGCUGUGCCGAUGCGUGGGCCGUGCUGGGAGGAUGUCUCGCAGCCGUUCGCAAAGACUCGCCGUGGUCGCGGCCCCGUGGCGGCGGUAGCGGUACGAGCAAUCGUCGUACAGGUACCGGCAAUCGUCGCACAGGUACUUGGCCGGCGUCGUCGGUGCCCGUCUCUGCGUGCGUGCGCUUGCGUGCUUCCGUCCUGGAACUCGAGAGCCUUCCCGCUCCAUUCCUCCUCCCUGUUGCCUCGUCAAACCUUCUCGUCGACCUGAUUCCCUUGCCUCGCUCGUUUUCCCUCCGCCGUCCCAACUGGUCUCGCUCCGCGUCCACGCCGUUGUUCGCCCCUCGCUCCGCGUCCACGCCGUUGUUCGCCCCUCGCUCCGCGUCCACGCCGUUGCUCGCCCCUCGCCCACGACCGGAUGCAGCAUCCUGGCAGGUCCAGCCCGUCGUUUGCCUGAAAUCUGUCCCGUCCGUCCCGACGACAGCCCGCACCGACGACAGCUCGCUCCGACGACAGCUCGCUCCGACGACAGCUCGCUUCGACGACAGCUCGCUUCGACGACAGCUCGCUCCGACGACAGCUCCCUCCGACGACGGCUCCCUCUGA